CAACACUAUAACGUGGAACUGAAACAGACUUCCGCCAUGGUGUGAGUGGUCUAGAAAUCAGACUGUACGACUAUCGAUUGAUCGCCGGAUUCUCUUCCUGCAUGCGUGAACGGCAGUGUGGGACGUCAACAUAAGAGUGGAGUGCAGUGACAGUUUCACUAAUCCGCUGUCGACGUUGGACGCAAUAUAGUUGAACUUACAUACGGUUUUACUGUCGUUGGAUUUAUUUCCCAGAGUAGCGCUGUUUUUACAGGGGUUAGUGAUAUAGUGUUACGUAUCAGGCUGAACAAGUGGGUCAGUCGGUCUUUUUUUUCAGUGUCGACCGACAGUUCUUUGACGAAACGCAACAGUGCCUUUGUGCUCUUCGGAUCUUCUGUAAGUUCUAAGGUACACAUCGCUCUAUCCCGAUCGUGGGACUUUGAAGAACGAUACGGCGGUGAAUUCGAUAUCUCCGCCACCCUGUCAUUUCUUCCAAAAAAAUACGCUUCUCGACUUAUCGCUUGAAUAUAUGAAUGACACAGUCGUCCUCCCGGCUGUAGAUUAACUACACCCGGUUGUUACUCUCGACGAAACCAGCGCACUUUAUAGCGUCAACAUUUAAUAUUGUAAAAUUCAAAAUGGAACAUCACAUGUUCAAAUUACCGGACGGUAAAUAUGCCGAUGGGUCGUGGGAACUCUCUAUAUAUGUGACAGAUUUGCAGUGUGAAAGAAUGCUCCGAGUAAAAGGUGACAUGCAUAUAGGUGGUCUUAUGUUACAGCUCGUUGAAGAUAUGGAUGUCGCUAUUGAUUGGUCAGAUCAUGCACUUUGGUGGCCAGAUAAAAAUACAUGGCUGUCACGAACAAGAUCCACGCUUGACCAGUGCGCUGUCCAGGCUGAUGCCAAGUUACAUUUCACCCCCAUGCAUAAAACAUUACGUAUUCAGUUACCAGAUAUGCAGCAAAUUGAUAUGCGAGCAGAUUUCUCAAUCAACGUAUUCAACGCUGUCAUUGAUGUGUGCAAAGACAUAGGUAUCAGGCAUCCAGAGGAACUAUCAUUUCUUAGGCGACGGGAUGACCGAGCAUUUAAGCGCAACUCAAAGAACACAAGCAGUCUGCGUAAGAAGAAAAAGGAGAAAGCUGACCGAGAGUCUGUUGCAUCUAAUAACAGUUUGGAAGGUGGAUCACAAGGUAGUUUUGAUGGUAUUGCACCGCAUUCACCAAUGCGUACCAGCUCCCCUGCUGCGCAACACAGAGUACCCGGCACCCCAGGAACACCGGUGUACCCCGGCAUGCAGACGUGGUCACCGGGAAGCUACAGCCAAUAUCCACUUCCACCUAGCAACCAAGGAUUCAUAUACCAUCCGUCAACGUUAAACGAACAAGCCGUGUUUUAUCAAACAACUCCACGAAACAAAGGUGUUAGCGGUUACUCCACUGGUACCAACGGUAGUGCGGGGACUCCCGGCUCGCUCAAUCAAUCCUACGGUGAUUCCUUUCAUACAAUCAACACCUCACUGGCCAUGAGUCCCAUGAGUCCCUGCGACCAUGCCCUGGACGGGAUGUAUCGUCCAAAAUCGCUGAAAGAGAAAGCAUGUAUUAAUGCAGGAUGGCUUGAUUCAUCGCGGUCGUUGAUGCAGCAAGGGGUGCGGGAGAAUGAUGUCAUCCUAUUAAGAUUUAAAUACUUCGCUUUCUACGACCUGGAUCCUAAAAUAGACCAGAUUCGUAUUAAUCAGAUUUAUGAACAAGCCAAGUGGAUGAUACUGACGGAGGAAGUAGAGUGCACGGAAGAGGAGGUCAUGAUGUUUGCAGCAUUACAGUUACAAGUAAACCUUCAAUCACAAAUACCACAGUUGGAUGGUAACAACACAACUGAUGGUGGCGUAGAUGAUAUUGACGCUGCAUUGACUGACUUACAAGUGUCACUAGAGGGGACGUCAAUAUCUAUGGCACAGGGGGAUAUUACGAAUGUUCCAGAGCUCUCCGAUUAUCUCCGAUUUUUGAAACCCAAGAAGCUGACACUUAAAGGUUUUAAGAGAUACUGGUUUGUUUUUAAAGAUACCCACAUGGCAUAUUAUAAAAGUCAUGAGGAUGUCAAUGGCGCCCCCACGCAGAAGAUUAAUUUGAAAGGCUGUGAAAUCACGCCCGAUGUCAAUAUCAGUCACAGUAAAUUUGGUAUGCGGUUAUUGGUGCCAUUGUCAGAUGGAAUGCAGGAAUUCCUCAUAAGAUGUGAUAAUGAAGCCCAGUAUGCCAACUGGAUGGCUGCGUUUAGACUUGCGUCUAAAGGUAAGACUAUGGCUGACAGUUCAUACGAGUCUGAAGUCCAGGGAAUCUUAGCGUUUCUGAGCAUGCAGCAACGUAAAGUGUCCUCAGCGUCACAAAAUAUCAGUCCAGAUACUACCGAAAUUGCUGUUGAAGAUUUUGUGUGUUCAAGAUAUCUCAAGAAAUUUAAGACAAAACAGAUUGCCGGUCGUAUCUUAGAAGGCCACAGCAAUGCACGGAACAUGUCUCUGCUAGAAGCGAAGAUGAGUUAUAUCAAAGCCUGGCAAGCACUUCCAGAGUACGGUGUCACAUAUUUCAUUGUCAAAUUCAGAAAUUCAAAGAAAGAAGACUUGUUAGGUGUGUGCUACAACCGAUUAAUAAAGAUGGACAUCAACAGCGGUGAUUCGAAAGCAACGUGGCGUUACAGUACAAUGACAGCAUGGCAUGUGAACUGGGAGGUGAAAGAGGUCAUAGUACAAAUGGAAGAUGAAAACAUCCACUUUGCGUGCCACAGCGCAGAUUGUAAAAUUGUUCACGAAUUUAUCGGUGGUUAUAUUUUCUUGUCUAUGCGAUCGAGAGAUCAGAAUCAAACGUUGAACGAGGAAUUGUUUCACAAGUUGACUGGUGGAUGGUUCUGAUAAAAUGCUUCAUAUGGUAAUCGUCAUGGAAACAACAUCCAGCUUAUGGUGUAGAGACACUAAUAACAUGAAGUGAACACAAAACAUUUAUUAUUAUUAUUACAGUUUUCAUUGGUGAUAUCUUUAUCAUGCAAGACUAUGGACAUUAAUUAAUGGUGACUAUAAUAUCUAUGAAAAUCUGUGUUUUUAAGUCUCCCCCCUCCCCCCCUUGUUCGUCUUUGCAUCACAGA